AUGGCGAAGGAGGUUGCUGCAGUGAGUGGCGAUGGCGAUGGCGAUGGAGCAAGAGUUGGAUCCCUCGCUCCCUUGUCGCCGGCGUCUUCUUUCUGCAAUUCUCGCCAUGGAACCUUCCGAAUGCUUAAUCUUCCAUGCCAGGGUGAUUUUCAUUCUCCUUACCUGAAGAAUUUUCUCAAGAAACGGAUCGCUCAAAUUGAGUUAGACCAUGGCUAUGUCUUGGACAACUUGUACGAACUCUAUGCUCACUAUAUGGCAUCAUUCAAGGGAAGAGAGAUGUCAGAGUCUGCAAAAGAAUUUCGUUUCUUUUUCCUGAAGGUAAAUAGUGAUUCUAGUGAUGUUUCUCCAUUUAUUCUUAUGAUGUUGUUUCAUUCACCUUACCUUUGGCUGGUAAGCUGGUAUGGCUAG